AUGGCUGUGGAAGUUGGGGCAGAGUUCAAAACAUAUGAUGAUCUGACAAAUGCUGUACGGGCAUACGAGGUUGAAAACUAUGUGAAUUUGACCACACGUGAUACUCGGACUGUGGAAGCUGCAGCAAAGAGAAACUUAAGAAAGAAUUACAACCCAGCUAUCAAGUACAGUGAUAUCUCAUAUUGUUGCACCUAUGGUGGCAAAAAAUAUGUCUGUCACUCCACUGGCAAAAGAAGUCACAAAUCUAUAAAGUUGGCUUGCCCAUUCUCUCUUAAAAUUCGAGCUACAAUUGAUGGACAGCGACUGUUUGUUAGGGAAAUGUGUUCAGUUCACAACCAUCUGCUGACAGAGGCCGAGUUUCGUCUGCAUCCAAAACAGAGGAAAUUAGAUAUUGGCUCUCAGGAGGAAAUAGCUCACCUGCUUAGCAUGGAGCCAGACAAAAAGCUGCUACGAGACAAACUUAUGCAGAUUACUGGAAAAGUUAUUCUCAUGAAAGACAUUCAUAAUAUUAAAACCAGACUUCUUAAUCCCAGAGAUAGACAAACAAAUAUAAAGAAAGAGCUUAUUGAAAGAGAUGAGGGAGAAGGUGCUUCAGAUAUGAAGAAGGUGCAUGAUAAAGACACUGCAGAAAUGGAAACACAGACAGACGAUGAAAACCUUGAGGAUAUUCAUAUACCAAUACCACUUAUGACUUCCUCACAGAUUGGCACUUCUAAUCAGUCUGUCUUGUUUCAUCAAACAGAUCAUUUAGUUGAUCACAGCUUUUAUACAGACAGUCAGACAUUCCAGCAGCAGACAGCUAAUGUUUUUACUGUUAGUGUGCAAGCCUUCCAGCCUACUCAAGUUUACACUGUCACUCCCGAUUCCCUUCAGCCCACAUCGGCAAACAUCAUCCAUGACAGUAUUGUAGCCGACUCAAAGCAGAUUGAUCCCGCUGUUGUUAGGUGUUCUCAGCAUUUUCAACACUGGGCACCACUAGAAGAUGUGGGUCAUCAGGCUGUGCAAGAAGCCACCAACCAGACAAUAGAAACUUUUGCAUUUCAAGAACAGCAGCAGAGUAGCACAUACCAAGCACACGACCAACAUUAUCCUGUUUCAGUUUCCAAUUCCCAUUCAGUACAACCUGUUUUGAUAAAGGAUAUUUAUCCCUUACACCUGCACCAAAAACAAGAAAAAGAACAGUCUCUUCUUGGAAUAAGACAUUCCAGAAAAACCCCAGCAGAUUCAGUAAUUACCCCUAAAGAGCACAAAUCGGCAGAAGAUUCAGAUAAAGAAGUAUCUUUAAAAAAAUAUUUUCAACAAGCUGCUGUUAAUUUAUUCUUCAAUGAGAGAUUAAAAUCGCCAGGGAGUAAAGUCUUUCCAGCCAGCAGACCAGGGACUGUUCAAGUCAAGAUGUCUGAAGACCUCAAAUUUCAUGAAAUGCUAAAACCUUUGUCGUGGUUGUUUGGCAAGUGGCAGUCAACAGAUGGCAAAGGCAUAUAUCCAAAUGUAGCUGAUUUUACCUAUAGUGAAGAGGCUACAUUUCUGCCUGUAGAAAUGAAACCUGUGGUUGAGUACAAAAUGCAUUCUUGGAAAACUGAAAACAGAAUGCCAAUGCAUCGAGAGACUGGGUAUAUCAAAAUACAGCCAAAUACCAAUCAUGUUGCUUUUGUAGCUGCACAUAUCAUGGGAGUGGUUGAGAUUCAGGAAGGUGAAAUUAAUGGCCAGGAACUUUGUGUAGAAAGUAAGAAUGUUGGACGUACAUCUUUCAAUUCACCUCCAGAAGUAAAACUGGUGAGGAGGUUUCUGAGACGUUCAGGCAAUGAGCUUGAGCAGGUGAUUGAUAUGCAGACGGACAAGACAUCAUUAACAGAGCAUCUGAGGAUAACUUUCAAGAGAGUGGAUUGA